UAUAACUGUAGACAACUUGGUGAUCGAUUUGAUGUGUCAAAAAGCAAUGCACAUGGUAUUGUCAGAAAAUUUAUUUCCAUUAUGGAAGUCCAUAAACAUAAGUUUAUAAAAUGGCCUCGGGGAAAUGCUAUACAUCAAACUCUUCAAGAUUUUAAACAUCUUAGACCAAAGGCUUUCCCUGGUGCUUUUAUGGCCUUGGAUGGAUGUCAUAUUAAAGUUCCUGCUCCCUGGAGUAAACGUACACGAAUGAGGCAUGUUGAUCAACGUUGCUAUAUCAACCGCAAACAUGUAGCUUCUGUAGUUUUACAGGGAAUAUGUGAUAGCAAUCAAAAAUUUACCAAUAUUUUUGCGGGCUGGCCUGGUGCAUCACAUGAUGCCAGGAUUUUUAGAAAAAGUAACAUAGGUGUUGCUCUAAAUGGUCCACUGCAGAAUUUAGUUCCAGAAAAUUGUUACAUUUUAGCAGAUUCUGCAUAUCCACUAUCAAAUAAUGUAAUGGUUCCAUAUCGUGACAAUGGUGCACUAACACCUGAAAAGCAUAAUUUUAAUCGAAUCCUCAGUUCAUCUAGAGUAGUGAUUGAAUUAACAUUUGGAAAGUUGUUGGGACGAUUCAGGCGGUUUAAGUAUGUAUAA